UUAACUGUCUUUUCUCUUCUGGCCUCUUGAGGGUCUUUUGUCUUUCAACUUGACCUUGGACGCCAGCCGCGUCCUGCCCGCCUGUGGACGACUGCAGCCAAAUGUUGGUAUGUUAUUGCCCUUUUUAUUUUUACUAUUGUGUGUGUGUGCUUAAACUCUUUGUGGCACCAAAAUAUCAAUGCUGACUUGAUUGAACGUUGGGUUUAAGUCAUAAUUAGGGUGAUUAAAAGAUGUUUUGGAUUAUGCCAAACAUUUUAAAAGGGGUAAAAUCCUGCACUUUGUACUGAUAAUGUGCUCUACUUUUUGCUUUGAAGCCAUUAAAGCGUGUGCACCCCUGCAAAAAUAUAGGCUACAUAAAUGAAUGUGAUCGUAGCAUGACGGAGACAUAUUUUGCGGCUAUUUAAUUAGAAAUAGAGUAUGUGUGGACAAGCUGCAUUAUCUCCUGUGCAGACCUUUAUCAUCUCCUUUGCAUGUCACGUGUUUGGCCCGGGCCAAUAACGUCGCGAUAGUUCCGUCUACUGUGGUGGUAUCCUUACCCUGCCACAGAGUCGGUGUCUGGGUGCAUUCAGUCGAGUGGGGGUUUUCGGGAAAAGAGCCGGAUCAGUGCAUGUGGCAGGACAUGCUAUGACCGCGUCAUUGCUCCUGCACUCGCACUGGGCCGAUCCGGUGAUGUUCGUGUAUGACAGCAGCCUGGAGGAGCGCGGCAAGAACAUGGACGGCUUCCCCGGGGGCAACUUUGCGCCAAACCAAUGUAGGAAUUUGUUGGCGCAUCCUACCUCGUUGGCUCCGAGCACCGCCUACGCCAGCAGCGACGUGCCCGUGUCUGGUGUAGGGGAGCCGGGGAAACAAUGCAGCCCGUGUUCCGCCACCCAGAGCUCCCCCAAUGCGUCCCUCCCUUAUGGAUACUUUGGCAGCGGCUACUACCCGUGCAGGAUGCCCCACGGUGGCGUCAAGGCCUGCGCGCAGCCCUCCUCCUACGGUGACAAGUACGUGGACUCGUCGGUGCCCGGCGAGGAGUUCUCCAACCGGGCCAAAGAGUUUACCUUUUAUCAGGGCUACUCCCCGGCUCCGUACCAAGGUGGGUACUUGGACAUGCCCGUGGUCCCCGCGUUGAGUGCGCCCUCUGAGCCGAGACACGACCCCCUCCUGCCAAUGGAGCCCUACCAGCCUUGGUCCAUCACCACCAACGGCUGGACUGGCCAAGUGUACUGCACCAAGGAGCAGUCCCAGGGCAAUCCUCUGUGGAAGUCCUCCUUGCAAGACAGCACAUCUGGAGGAGAUACCCAAGUGCGACGUGGAAGGAAGAAGCGUGUUCCAUACACCAAAGUGCAGCUGAAGGAACUGGAACGGGAGUAUGCCACCAAUAAAUUCAUCACCAAGGACAAAAGGAGGAGAAUUUCUGCCCAAACCAACCUGACAGAGAGACAAGUGACAAUCUGGUUUCAGAACCGGCGCGUAAAGGAGAAGAAAGUGGUCAAUAAAUUCAAGAGCUCCUGCUAGCUCCUCGUCGAGUUUACUCCCAAAAUGGACACGGACGUGCCUUGAUCACAAAUAAACUGACUUAUAAUUUAUUACCUUAACUUUUGUCGCCAGUGUGCCUCCUUUUUCCCGACCCUCUUCAUGGCGCGUUUUAAUUGGAAGCAGUCCACAAGGAGCGUUGACAGACGGUCGGAACUGCUAGUUGGCCAGGCCAGCGUAAACUUCCACUUUUUCAUUGGAAUCACUGCCUGCCACGCACGACAUCAUUUACUAGUCUUUGAUUCACUCCAAUCCAUUGCAGAAUGUCACCACAAAUGUGGCCAGAUUGUUGUAUUUCAAUCAACAAACAUUAAGGUCUUGAGCAAAAUUUAUAUUUAGUUAGCAAAGA